GUCGCGAAUCGUCGUCAAUUCUCCGCUCAGCACUCGAGCAACACAGACGUUCCGCGCAACAAAAGCAACAGAUUAACUGACUGUUCUCUGUUCAGUGUUUUGUGAAACCAGCAAGCUGUGUUAUUCAAAGAAAAUGUGUGAAAAGAGAACGAGAAAAAUUAAAAAAGGAUCACAAUUAGCCCGCGUUCGCGAGGCCAGACGCGCUCAGCGUCUCAACUGGCGCGCUACGAACACCGCAAGAAGUAACAACCCAAAUCCAACACCAUGCCCCGCUAUGGAGGCACGAAAGACCGCACAAAACCGCGUCAUACUCGAACUAGCGUGGAAAACGAUCGCACUAAUGCACAAAAACAGACUGAUCCAACAGAAAAUCAUCGCUCUUCAGAAGGAAACGUCAGAAUUCGUCGCCGCCAUGAUGAACAACCCUGAAAACAGACGACGCUAUAUGGAACAAAUAUGUCUUAUUGACGCUCAGCGUCAAAACAUUGAUGCUAUCAAACCCAUAAAAAUAGAGCCAGACGCGUAAAUGAUGGGAAUGGAUGAAUGGAACUUAAAGAGUGAAUGAUGGGUGUAACCUGAUUGUGAUCUGCGAAUUAUAUUCGUGCUUUGAUCUUUCUUAUCUAACGUAUAUUUAUUAUAAUAAGACUAUUAGUGUUACUUGAAUAUAUCUCAGCAGGGAUGAUUGAUAUUGUAAUGCAUUCGAUUUUAAAAGCGCAAAAUACCCUUAUUCGAGAUAUUUAAUAUUUAAUAGAACAUAACAUUCGAUAUUUAUUGUACAUUUAAAAAUGCAUAAUUUAAUUAAAAAUAAGCUUAAUAUUGAUUAAAAUGUGUAAUUGAAAAAAUAUUUAUUUUAAUAUCAUUCAUGCCAUUAAAAUAUCGAUACUUUGGCUCCUAGACUAUAAAAUAUCUAAUGAACUACAAUAUCGAUCAUCCUUAGAAAUUAUCCUGAUCCUUUUUGUAUUGCUAUAUAUCUGACAGCCUUAGUUAUAUCCAAGUCGAUGUACUUAUUAAGAUAUAAAAGCUUUUUGAUUUAAUUAAAUCACGGCUUCCAGCAAUAAUACUUAACUGCAGUGUCUUACUAAAACGUUGUGGUUAAAUAUAUGUAGUUAUUCUUGUUGUUAAUUAAAAAUAACUGAGGUUGUAUCUAAGAGGCUGGUUUAUAUGUACAUAUACAUUUGUAAAGAAUCUUCGUACCAUUUUAGUAUAACUUUUUAUUAUAUUUUCGUGUUUAAAAAUGGAAAUAUAAGGAUGCAGUGGAUUGUAUUUCCAAAAGAUUCCCAAAAUAUGUAGUAUUAAAAAAAUGAAUGACCGUGGUAUUAAAAGAUGUUGCCUCUUACAGACUGGUUUAAAAUAAUUCAUAGUUUGUUUUUAAAAAAAAGUUAAAAGGCCAUUUUUUUUAUAAGUUCUUAAUGCACGAAUGGCUAUAGAAUAUUGUCUAUUGUGCGUUCAAUAAUAAUUCAAUGAUUUCUUCUAUUGUUACAUUAUUAGAACGCCUUGAGCCAUAGUCUCUUUGCUUUGUAUUACAUAAUAUUAUUUAUGGUACGAAGAAAGCUUGAAUUGGUUAAAAAAUACUCCUAGUUUAAGUCAAAACGACAGUAUGUUGUUUUUUUUGCUUAACGUCAAUAAGUGCAUCCUUUUACUUAUAAGAAAAUACAUAUAGAGAACUUUAAUAUUUUAAGUUUUUUUCGUCACUCUGUUGGUCUAGAUUGCAUUUAAUAGAACGUAGAUAACCCAAUGCACAGAUCUACCAAACACUGUGUUCAUUUUAACGUACCUAGAACUUACAUUUUUUUUAUUUAGUUACACAAUUUAAUUAUUAAGUGUGUAGUGUGUAGCCAUAUGUAAUAUUUAUGAAAUGGUUGUACAAGUUUCAAAUGUACACAGAUUCGAGUAUGAAUGAAUACCAUUUUAUUUGUUUGAACAAAAGAGGUUUCAAAGACAAAAUAGUGUGACUGUUUGCGUCAUAAUAUGGUCACUUUUUAAAUACAACAUGGUAUAUGGGAGUUUUAAAUUGUUAUGAAUGUUAAUGUUAAAAAUAAAAGUAUUAUUAUUAUAAUGGCACAACUCUCCCCGUGUUUUAAAUUCUAUGCAUGUUACGCUUAAAAAGACCUGUGUAUAUGUAUGUGGUUUAUGAUUGUUGUAAUAAAAAUAUACUAGUCCUUCGCAAA